AUGGAUAUAAAGAAGUAUUCGGAUUUCGAAAGCAGAAAUCUUCAUCUUGUCUCAAUAAUUAAGGAAUGCGAAGAUCGCAAUAGAAUUGAACUUGAAAGACACAUACAAGAUCCAGAGGAAAUGGAUAGUGAAAGUGAGGCAGAUGAAAUCAAAAGAGAGCGAGAGGAGAUUGAAAAAGAAAGAGAGGAGAUUGAAAGAGAAAUAGAGGAGAUAGAAAAAGAAAGAGAGGUGAUAGAAAGAGAAACGGUACCUUCACCAAACUCUGGUUUACCAGAGAUCAAUCCUUCCAACUACGUGCCACCACUUUAUACUGUUGUUCAUCAACACGCAACUACUGUUAGAUCUAUUUUAUCCUAA